AUGCCGACGACACCACCGCCAUCUCAGCAAUACUCGAGGCAAAUCAGGCUCCUCACAGGGCUCUCGCGUAUCUUCAGAGCAUUCGCCAUCGAUUCCUGGAGGCGAGCCCCGAGCACAGAAUCACGGGUAGCCUGGACACUAGGCCACAAGGGCGCUCCUAUGACCGCAGUGACCGUGUACAACGUGCUCAUGGGCUCCGAGUCCGCUCAGAGCGGUGACACAGUCCUCGGCAUCGGCACCGGCACAUCUUCCUCUUCGGCCUCCAGAUUGCCGUCGCCAGCAUUCCGCUCUUCUCUGACGCGGCGCACAGUCACCGAAGUAAUUUACCUUAACAAGGCGCUGGCGCUCUUGGAUACGGGUGUCUCCGCGUCCGACAGGAGGCUUGUUGUGAUGCUGACCCCACCAACACCAACAUACUACGUGAUAUGUGCGUCCAAUCCGGUCGCCCUCCUGGCGGACCGCUGCGCGCUCGUACUGACGCAUAUCUCUUUUUCGCGUCUCCCUUUUUCGCGCGCAGUCACGUUCUUGAUGUUGACACGAUCGUGCUCUCCCCUCAGGGCGACGCAGAUCGUCACCCUCGUGGUAGGUUUCAUCCUCAUCUACUUCGAGAGCACGAUCCUUCAGCUCUCGAAGAUUGACCAGACGGAGCUCACGGUGCUCGACGGCCGCUGGACCAUCCUCCUGAGGGACACAGAGGGCCCUGUCUGUCGGGUUCUGCGGUAUUUAUCGACAUCCAAACCUGCGUCGGCACGCACAACACCGAUGGUCCUAGGCUGA